AUGUCGCCCAGACUCACUCAAGACAUUCAACACCUCUUCACACUCCCCGACUACCAUGCAUACUUCUCGCACCACUCUAGAAACAGCGGGGGCGUUGCCCUCUAUGUUCAUGACAGAUUUUCCUCUCAUGGUAGAGCUGACCUAUCUUUCCAAGAAGAUUUCAUUGAGUCAGUUUUUACUGAAGUAACAAUUAACAACGAGAGCUUACUGAUUGGGCAAUUGUAUAGGCGCCCAAAAAGUAACUUCUCUCUUUUUCUGGAAAAGAUUCAGCUAAUAAUCGAGACUGCCUCUCAAGAAAACAAGAAGUGUCUCAUCAGUGGGGAUUUUAACCUAGACCUCCUCAAGGCCGACUCUGAUAACAAAGUCAGGGAAACCGUCUCCACCCUUAAUUCUAGGCUCUUCUUCUCAGCAGUCACCAAGCCUACUAGAGUUCAAGGAAACUCUGCCUCCUUAAUAGAUCAUAUCUGGACAAAUUUUUUACCAAAAUUGAAAGCAAGUGGGGUUAUAUACUGCAACAUAUCAGAUCAUUUUCCUGUUUUUAGUACUUUUAACCUAGAAUUACAACAUAAUGAACCUAAAACUGAGAAAACACUUUACUAUCGCGACUAUAAAGAAUCCAAUAUAACCAAUUUUAAAAGCCACCUUACAGAAGUAUGUUGGGACCUCGUGUUUGCCUCUCACAAUCCCGAGGUUGCCUAUGACAAUUUCAUUAGUCUUUUUAUCCCCUCCUUUGAAAGAUUUUUCCCAUUAAAAUGUAAGUCACUAAAAUCAAAGUCCUUUAAGAAACCAUACAUUACAUGUGAAAUAAGAAAUUUAAUCAAAGAAAAAAACAAACUUCAAAAGAAAUAUGCAAAGUGGCCACUCUCCUACGGCGAGACAUUUCGGUCUCUUCGCAACCGCUUAAAACUAACAAUUCGGAAGGCAAAGGCAGAUCAUUACAAAAUGAAGCUUGAUCAAAGUGCAGGUGACACUAAGAAGACAUGGCAAAUUCUUAAUGAUGUUCUUCACAGGAAUAAUAAACAAAAAGCUGACAAAGUACUAAUAGAUGAGAAAGAAAUCAAUGACCCAAACGUCAUUACAAAUGAAUUUAACAAAUAUUUUACAAACAUAGGCGAAAAUCUGUCACGAUUAACCCCUAAUGUGGAUGGAGACUUUAAAGAAUUUCUCGGGCCCUCCAACAACAACCACAUGAGCCUGACUCCGAUAACAGACAGAGACAUCAUCAAUGUUGUUAAUGGCCUUAAAACUUCCUCUCCAGGGGACGACUGCAUUCCCAUCAACAUUAUUAAGAAAAUACUUCCUUGCAUUCUCAAGCCCCUGAAACAUGUAAUCACUAAAUCAUUUAGCAUGGGAGUAUUUCCCACGAAACUUAAGAUUGCCAAAGUUCAUCCCAUGUUCAAGACUGGCACCCCUUGCCUUAAUAAUUAUCGCCCAAUUUCCAUACUAACAGCUUUUAGCAAAAUCUUUGAAAAAAAUCAUGUCCAUUAG